AUGUCGGUUGAAUCUUACCUUGACGAUCUGGACACCGCCGCAGCAACCUACCAACCAUACGACAGAGCUUCCUCUUUCCAGCAGCAACUCACCGUGGACAGCUACGACCUGAGUGGUCCACUAUUCUUGGCCGAGCCAACAACCACUGGAGCAAGCACAUAUCUGCAUGCUGCAGUCACCAGCCCUGGGUUGUGCAAGGUGAAGAGCAGCCUACAGACUGCUGCAGGGGGUAGCCCUGAGCACCGCCAGAGUAGAUCAAAUGAUGCUCUUCACUAUAUAAGCCAGAUGCUGAUGCAAGACGUCGACGAGAGGGUCGAAAUAUGCCAAGGGGAGGCUGCUCUCCAGGCUGCUGAGAAACCAUUCCGUGACCUUCUUGGGCAGGUACACCCGUUGGCUACUAACCUUCCGCUGUUGAAUAACAACAACGAACCAGACAGUCCUCCUGAUAAGGGUAGGACCAGCCGUUACAAGAGGCUCUGGAGCACUAGCUUCAGUAAUGACUGUUCCAGUUACAGCAUGUUACCGCCCUUAACAACCUCGUUGAGUCCAUAUAUCUGCAAUAGGAGUCUUUCUCUACAAAGCCGUCCGUUCACAAGUGUUGGAUCAACUUCUAGAUCUGGUUUCCCCGGCUUGCAUUGUCAGAGAGAAGUCGAGGAGGCAACGAUGUUUUCUCCAAGUAUCGAUAAGCUGGUGAUAUAUUUAGAGAAUGGCAUACUUUCUAUUUCCAAACCGACUACAAAGGCAAAAGUAGGAGAGAGGAGCGAAAACACAAUUUUUGAGGUGGCACACCAAAGUGACUGGGAUAUCUUGGAAGGAAGGAGCAAUAAGCAUCUUGCCUUCACCAGUUGUGCAAUAAUUCGAAAUGAAAAUUUUGACCAAGUUCUGCUAUGCUAUGGUCUGGAGAGUUUCAAAAAAACAACAAGACUGCGAAGAGGGUUGGCAGAGGAAGGAAACAAGAACUCACUGAAAGGCCGGAGCGAAGGACGUCAGAAGCUAUGGCAGAGGAAGCAACCUAGGACAGAGUUGGUUGAUCUCAAGACUCUCCUCAUCAAUUGUUCACAAGCUGUGGCAGAAGACAACCAUCUGUUGGCCAGUAAACUCCUAAAGAAGAUAAGACAACAUUCCUCAGCAGAUGGUGAUUGUUCUCAGAGACUGGCAUUUUACUUGGCGGAUGGCCUCGAGGCACGCUUGGCUGGGACCGGGGGUCAGGUUUAUCGCAACCUAAUGGAGAGGCGAACAAGUACAACUGAUUGGUUAGAUGCUCACAGCCUUUUUGUUGCAUCCUGCCCUUUUGACAGGACGUCGUACUACUUUGCCAGCCAAGCUAUUCUUGAUGUCUCACAAGGGAAACCAAGGGUGCACAUCGUUGACUUUGGCAUCGGCUUCGGCUUUCAGUGGCCAUUAAUGAUUCAGAAGUUUGCACAGCAAGAAGAGGGAGCCCCUAAGCUUCGGAUCACAGGUAUAGAUGUUCCCCAGCCAGGUUUCCGCCCCUGCGAAAUGAUCGAGGAGACAGGGAAGCGGUUGGCUGAUUAUGCAAACCUUUUCAAGGUACCUUUUCAGUAUCAGGGCAUUGCCGCUUCAAGAUGGGAGACCAUUAAAAUUGAGGAUCUUAACAUUGACGAGGAUGAAGUUCUGAUAAUCAACUGCAUGUUCCGGAUGAAGAAUCUCGGUCAUGAAACCGAAGCCAUUAAUAGUGCAAGGGACAAGGUGCUCAAAAUUAUGAGGAUGAUGAACCCAAAGAUUUUCAUUUCAGGCACUGUGAAUGGGUUACGCAGUUCUCCCUUCUUCAUAAAACGUUUCAAAGAGGUUAUAUUCCAUUACUCUUCAAUGUUUGACAUGCUUGAUGCAAAUGUUGUUCCACGGGAUAAUAAAGCAAGAAAGAUGAUUGAGAGGAUGAUAUUUGGUAAGGAUGCACUUAACAUCAUAGCAUGUGAGGGUGCAGAAAGAACAGAGAGACCAGAAAGUUACCGACAGUGGCACGCAAGGUGCCUCAAGGCCGGGUUCCAGCAGCUUCCUGUCGAUCCAGCCGUCUUAAGGAUAAUAGUAUACAUGAAGAACACAUUUUGGCAUGAGGAAUUCUUUGCUGUUGAAGAUCGUGGUUGGCUGGUACAAGGAUGGAAAGGGAGAGUAAUUUAUGCAAUAUCUAAAUGGAAACCUGAUGAAACAUACGAUGGUCAGUAA